AUGAACGUUCUACCUAACCCCAUGGUCAGGGCCCACCAGGACCAGCCUCUUCUUCUCUGCUCCCGAGACUCCCACCUCCAGGAUUUCUCCUCCUGGUGUCCCCCAGGGCUAGGUGCUGAUCAUGUGAACAGGCUAGGGGCCAUGGGGGUCCUGAUUGGACAUGACAGACCAGGAAAACCCCCAAUGGAGCUUAGGAGGAAGAUCAACAGCCGGGAGAGGAAGAGGAUGCAGGACCUGAACGUCGCCAUGGACGCUCUGAGGGAGGUGAUGGUGCCUUACGCCUCCUCCUCUACUUCCUCCUCGUCCUCCUCCCAGGGUCCACACUGCAACCAGCAGCAGCUAGGACCCCAACCCGGACGCAGGCUCUCCAAGAUCUCUACCUUGGUCCUCGCCCGUAACUACAUUCUCCUCCUUGGCUUGUCUCUGCAGGAGAUGCAUCGGCUCCUUGGGGAGUUCAGUGUUGGGGUGGGGGUUAACGCAAGGCCCGUCCCCAGGCUGCUCCUGGCCGGGGGGUGGCCCCUCUUCGCCGGCCCCAGUCAGCUACUCCUUUCCCCCGAGUCUCUCCUGACCUCUGCCUCUUCCUCCAAGUGUCCUCUUCUGCCCCCUGGCCACUUGGAGGGCCCCAUGGUCCCGGUGCAGUGGGGCUCAGCUGGGGCUCCUGGAGGGCCACUCUGCCCCUGUGGCGUGUGCAGAUUACCUAGGUUUUGCCACCCUAGCCCUGGACCCAGGUUCCCAAAGUGA